AAGAAACUCUGCCUGCGCUGACCCCAUCACCUUAACCGCAUUUGCUUUUGACCUCUGCCACACCCGACCAAUCAUGAAUAUCCUCGAUAUUCUUCAGGAAUGACUGCGGCUGUAUCAAGGGGAUAGACGGUUGACUCCAACUGGACCUCGUCAACGGCUCGCUGCAAGUUGCAAGAUCUCGACUUCAACACUUUGCAUCCUGUCGACCUUUGAAGCCGUUGCUGCAUUUACCCCGGAUCAAUGUUGUGUGUGGUCGCACUCCAACUUUCACAUCCAGACGUCCCCUCUCAAUUUCUCUCGCCCCUACCAAGCACAUGCCGUAAACACAAAGUUCAAGGACAAAGCUCAACAUAGACUCACCUAGUCCCUUCGAGGCCCGUCCCUUCAUUCAUCCCUCGAACCCUGGUUCUCGCCUGGUGGUCAUAGAGCCUCACCUCUCUCAAUUCUACUGCGUUCCGAACAUUUGUCGAGUAUACGGAGUACGUAUACACUGCACUGUCCCUCACUCAAGUGGGAACUCUCAGGUGGGUACGGGCACCGGGGCGAUGGAUCUGGCGAGAAAUUUUAUGGCCAACAUUGUUUACUAAAGCGUCAAGACUAACACAUGUUCUUUGCACAGUAGUCAACGCCGUCAUUGGGAAAUUCCGAACACUGUCCUAAUUCGAUCCUCUUCUGCUCUGUCGGGCCAUACUCACCUCAACCCCCCUCCAGUUCACGAUAGACCUGCUUAGACGGAACAGCCGUGAUCAAGAGGAAGACAUUGUCAAAAAGCCUGUUGAAUCAUUGCUGUAUAAAUCAAUUUUCGUGUAUCAAAAAUGCUGGAGACUUAAAGGCCUGUCCUGGGGACACAAUAUCCUGCACAUUUUUUUACGACCCACCAACAUCCUGUCUCCAGGAGAUAAGACAUACACUGCUACUGAGAAGGAUCCAUUCAAAGCAGGAUCAGGAACAUCGCCGUACAAAUACAUGAGUCCUCUUCAUCUCGCCUCCAACCAGGACACACAGCGUGCAUGAUGGCUUCAAACCAGAGGCCGGUGAUGGGGCCGCCGGAAACACCAAGUCGCUUUCUCCAGCAGUCUCCAAACCUCUUCCCAAGCUUACAGUUCUCGCCCGACUUGUAUGCCCAUCAAUUCCCUUCAGGUCCUGCAACGGCCCCAAUAUAUCCUCAGCAACGUCUCUUUUGGGACUCUUCCACCAUGCCAUUCGAAGAACCUACGCUUCCUCUACAAUAUCAGGACCCUUUCCAGAUGAGCCCUGCGAGUUUCAGCUCCUCGUUUGCCUCAUCGUCCACGGUUGUGCCGACCUUCUCCCAGCCGGAUACAUACUUCGACGACCAGGCCCUCGACUUACCUAACAUGCCCCGAGCACCUAGCUUCACCCAUGUUGACCACUCAGGAUAUCCUGCUCCAUUCACUACGUCCCCUCGCGUACCUCCGCCGCAGAUGGAAAACCCAAGCAUGUUCCUCAGCUCCCCAGCACGUCGAUUCGGUGGGCCUGACCAAACAUUUGGUAGACCCGGGCACCAUGCCGUUGUUGACCGACCCGCCUAUUCCCACCAGAAGGAAGAGUCUCGGCGAGAGCUGGAGAUGAAGAGACUUCGCAGGAUGGAUGUGAAGCAGCCGUCCAUCACACGGUCUGUGAUGGAAGCUCUCAAACGGCCAGUCUCUCCCAAGAGGGACAGUAGACCCGGACUGAAGAGAAGCUUGACCCACACCGGCGUUCGUGGCGACCGCUCGUUGAAGUUGCAGACUCAGACACCCAAUGGACGACGCUCUCCUAUGCCCGGAGAAGCGAGUCGAAGCUUUCUCCCGGGAAAGUCUUCCCCUCUCAAGAGCACAGCAGACCCAAUCUCACGCACCCUUGCUACGAGCCGGAAUGCCAACACUAAACGAGGCUCUUUGGCGCUGGCGAUUGAUGAGAAUGGCGUGGCCAAAACUGUGCUGACGGAAAGUCAGGCCGGCCCUGAUUUUGACGAUGCCAUCAGCAGUACCAGUGAAUCUUUUGAUGAGGCAGACUUCCACAUGAUUCACAGCCAGCACAACUCAUUUGCUUUCCAUGAAGGUGAAGCUGUUGGAGGGCCCAAUUACACUUUGAACCAGCGAGCAUACAACCAUUCGAAGAACAGCUCAUAUUCGACCAUGGAAUCGACAGCGUCGGCGAGACAAUCGCACAACAGCUCACAGUCGAGCUAUGCGAACGGGGUUCAAGGCGACUUUCCUUCCAAUCGCCGGAAGCGACCGUUGCCCAGUCGAUCGAUGCAGGAUGAUGUCUUGAUGGAAGAUGAACCUUUUCAAGGCAACGCCCAAGCAGCGUUGCGGGCCAUCAUUCAGGACCGCUCUCGCGGCAUGGCCGUGAGCGAGAGCGCCAUUUACCCGCAGCUGCAUUCGUCUCCACCACUGGUUCAGAGCCAGUAUGCAACGUAUCAAGGCUCGCCUACCACGAUAACAGAUCCGGACCUAGCCACCCCGAGCACGGAUCGAGAUAGCAUUGCAAGCAACAUGAGCACACGGUGCGUGUGUCACAGCACGCACUUCGAUGGUCAAGUGCCUGUGAUUCAAUGUGAUUCUUGUUCCAAAUGGCUCCAUCUUUCGUGCGUAGGCAUCGACCACCGUCGCCUCCCAGAAGUGUACAUUUGCAUCUAUUGUUCACAGACGCCGACAUCGAUGCGACUGACCAACGGCCACGGACGUACAGGCGAGUCGAUGAAGCCAGGGCUUCGAGCUUCGGUCUUGCCCAACACGGCAAGUCCGCUUGCUCACAAGUCAGCCAAAAGAUAUCGAUGAAUGUGGCAAGCACGGUUAUUGUUUUGUCGCUCACACUCGACAAUGUCCCAACACUCUUCCCGUUCACACGCCCUGUUACAAAUAUACACUGUUUUGAACACUUUUCUGAAGCGAAUUUAGCGUUGCUUGUCUUGUUUGUGUAGGUGGACGAACAAUUGGCAGGACUGACUCAUUUGUUCUACGUGCAUGCAUGGGCAACCAUGCCAAGGGGGCUCUUCCUCAUACUUGUUAUUGUAAUGCAUCAUUGCUUGGGAGGCUAGUGGGACAGUUAGGAAAGGCAUGGUCCCCGAUUUCAACAUGUCGAGAUUGUCAUAGCAUACUGUAACGAUGAAUAAGAUUCCUCUUUAGAG